AUGAACUCAAUUAGGGUUCUCCUGUCAUUAGCUGUUAAUCUUGAUUGGGAAUUGCAUCAACUGGACAUAAAGAAUUCUUUUCUAAAUGGUGGCUUAGAGGAGGAAGUAUAUAUGGUUCAACCCCCUGGGUUCUGUGCCAAGGGAAGUGAAAAUAAGUUGAUUCGAGAUUUGUGGUGGGAUCAUGCAAUUAAAGAGGCAGAGCGCUUGGACUGGGGGAUACGUCUGAGGAUUGCAAUGGGAAUGGCAUACUGCCUUCUGACCCCACCUGUGAUCCAUAAGAACCUGCACUCAACCAUUAUAUAUCUUACUGAAGACAAUGCGGCCAAAAUCUCAGAUUUCAAUUGGAAUGAGGCAACUGCUUCCAAGAUGGGAUCCACGACCAUGGAACUCCUGGAUAUGCCAUCUGGUCCAGAGAGUAACAUAUACAGCUUCAGUGUUAUAUUAUUGGAGAUGGUAAUAGGUAGACUCCCAUACUCAGUGGACAAUGGCCCACUUAUUGACUGGGCAUUUAGAGGGGAGAAGUCCCUUAAAGAAAUAGUAGAUCCAACUCUGAAAGCUUUCCAAGAAGAGGAACUCAAGAAACUGUUAAAGGUUAUAAGAUCUUAUGUUCAUCCUGACCCAAAGCACAGACCAACAAUGAGAGAGGUUACUGCUCGAUUGAUAGAAAUUACAGCAAUGGGGCCUGAUGGAGAAACACCUAAACUAUCUCCUCUUUGGUGGGCAGAGCUUGAGAUUGCAUCAACAGAAGCAAGAUAAGAUAUGGAAAAUGAAUUUAUCGUGAAGUAUAAGGGUACUUCAUCUGUUCAGUAAUGACAAAUCUGACUCUGACUCUAGAACAUCAGGCAGUGACAAAUCUAUUCAGUAAUGAC